AUGACCGAUUUAGGGUUUGGAGCCAGUGAGUCUGGUGCUGAAUUUGGUUCAGGCAAUAUCCCAGGCGUGUAUGGAACCGACUAUAUUUUCCCGAGCACAACCACCAUCAAAACCUUGAUUGGCAAUGGCAUGAAUAUUUUCCGUGUGACGUUCCUCAUGGAGCGAUUAGUCCCAACUACGAUGACAGGAUCCUUUGACGCUGAGUAUCUGAGCAACUUGACAUACGUGGUGAACUACAUCACCUCACAAGGCGCCCACGCAGUUCUGGACCCACAUAACUUUGGUCGAUACUAUGGAUCAAUCAUCACAAGCACGUCCAACUUUCAAACGUUCUGGCAAAACGUCGCGAAGCAAUUCGCCUCCAACUCAUUAGUGAUUUUUGACACCAGUAAGCACCAAGCAUCCCCACAACCGAAGUCUACACUCACACUCACACUCACAGACAAUGAAUACCACGACAUGGACCAAACCCUGGUCCUAGAUCUCAAUCAAGCCGCAAUCAACGGCAUCCGCGCAGCAGGCGCAACAAGCCAAUAUAUCUUCGUCGAAGGAAAUUCCUACACAGGCGCCUGGACAUGGACAGAAUACAACACUAACCUAGUCAAUCUCACCGAUCCCGAAAACAAGAUCGUUUACGAGAUGCACCAGUACCUCGACUCGGACGGAUCAGGAACCAGCGCGACCUGCGUCUCGAGCACGAUCGGGCAGGAGCGCGUGGAGUCUGCGACGCAGUGGCUCAUUGAUAAUGACAAAGUUGGUAUCUUGGGGGAGUUUGCGGGUGGGGUGAAUACUGUGUGUGAGGAGGCGAUUGUGGGGAUGUUGACUUAUUUGGAGGAGAAUUCAGCGGUUUGGAAAGGUGCUAUGUGGUGGGCUGCGGGUCCUUGGUGGGGGAGUUAUAUCUUUAGUAUGGAGCCGCCGAGUGGUGUUGCUUAUACGGGGAUGUUGUCGACGCUGGAGCCGUUCUUUGCGUAG